AUGAAAGUGGAUUUUGCUUACAGUUGCGGUUGGAACCGAUUUUUACUCAAUUUGAGUGGAUUCUGGCCAAAACGUCGAUCGAGUUUUGUCGGAACCCACUGGCCGUUGAUAAACGCUAUUCUGGUUCUGGUUGUUAUAAUCAUACCCCGAUUUGCUGCCAUGUGUUUAUUCUGGAAUGAAGUUGACGCAUUCAUUCAAUUUUUCACUACUCAAUUGGUAUUUAUCAAUGUGUUUUUCAAGUUGAUAGUGCUGCAACUGGGAAAUGAAGUUCUAGUUGAUUUAUUAUCAAUGAUGGAAGCGAACUUAUCAGCGGACUUGACCAAGGAGCAGUAUGCGCCAGUACUGAAGCUCGCUAAAUUCGGGAGAACUAUUUCAAUAAUUGUGGGCCUCAGCGCCGUUGGCGUCGUGAUCACUGGCGUUGUCGCAAUGAAAUUGUAUCAUUUGGACAGCCUCUACAUAAAGAAUCCCGAUCCCCGAUUGUCGGUUGACUUUUUUUUUGUAGCUUACUUACCGUUCGAUGCGACACAUAUCAUCAGCUACACGACGGUAUUCGCCCUGCAACUCUAUGUAUCCGUCAUCUCUACUAUUAUUAAUCUCAACUUGGACAGUUUUGUGAUGAUGCUCAUACUCCAUAUUUGCGGAGAAAUGGAAGUUGUUGAAGUAUUAUUGUCACAUUUAGGAGAUGGUAUUGAGGAUCGACGAGGCGUUCAGCUAGAGCUGAAGAGGAUUGUGAGGAAACAUCAGAUGGUUUGUCAAUAUGUCAAGAACCUCGAAAAGUUAUUCAGCAUCCCGUGGUUCUUGGAGCUCACCAGUUGCACUCUGAUAUUUUGUUUUCAGGGGUACAACGUCCUGAAGCUAGUUCGUACCGACCAGUUCGGUGUCUUUCAAAUAGGAUUCAUCAUCUUUUCAACAUCCGGUAUACUCACGCAAUUUUUCCUCAACUGCUGGGCUGGCGAGUGUCUUCUGUCACGGAGUUCGAGAAUUGGGUAUUCGUUUUACCGCAGCAAAUGGUAUGAACUGCGCCCAUCGGAAACUCGCCCGUUACUGAUGAUAGGUUUCCAAAAAACACGACCGUUGACGCUAACUGCGUGGAAAUUCUCGAUCCUAUCCAUCAGGCUUUUCCUUCAGCUGAUAAAAACUUCGUUCAGUUAUUUGUCUGUAUUAUUAGUGAUGACUGAUUUUCAAGAUGAAUAA